UAUAAAAGCAAUCCCGAGCGUCCUGGGCAGCAUCAGAGUUCAUCUGUUUGCCUCAAGGAAAUCAUCUUCCCCCGAAAAUACUCAAUUAGCAAUCAUGAAGUGCAUCGCAGCUGUAGUCAUGAUGGCUUUCGCCGUUGCCGCCCGGGCAAGUUACGCACCGCUGGUGUACAGUGCAGCUCCAUGGGCUUAUAGUCUGCCCCACACUACCGUGGUUCAGAGCAAUACGGCCCCGAAGCUGAUUGCCGCUCCAUGGGCUUAUGCUCCAACGGCUUACGGUGCCCCAUUGGCCUACGCUAGUGCCCCCUACUACACCUAUGCCAGUGCUCCACUUGCCUACUCUGCUCCGGCUGUUCUGCUCCAGAAGGAGGCUCGCUAUCUGGCCGCCAACCGAGGUGCCAUCCACGAAGCCCCACUGCCCGGACACGAGAUCUCCCAACAGCAACUCAAUCUGGAACCUGCUGCGGGAACCGUUUGAAUCGGAGAGGAGUGCGACGACAACGGUGUAAAUUUGUUUAGCGAAAAUUUGUGAUUUAUUUUGGAAAUUGACUGUGCGAGGGAUUUCUGGUGAAUAAAUGAAAACGUGAGUAAGACUAAAAA